ACUGGGUGAGGGAUGUUGCCUCAGAAAUGGGAGAAACUGUGUUUCUUGAAUGCACUCUGGUAACUAAGAGUAUUUAAGGGAAAAACUGGUGUUCUCGUGACAUGGUUUUUCUGUGGAGUACCAGAGCCUGAAUGCCCCUGAGGAAAAAAAAGACAACAAAAGGUGGCAACAGUGAUACUGAUGGGAGGUUCACUCACCAAAGAAGAAAACUCCGUCAUCUUGUGAGAUUUCCUCAUGUGGUUGCUUCCUUCCUGUGAUUGCAAAUCUUGCAGUUGUAGAUGCCCAGAAGAAGCAAGUGGGUAUCAGACUUCAGUCCUGCCUGGGGACUUCAUGCUAGCAUGGCCCUGCCCUUGCUAACUCUGAGCUUUCUUCUGGUCCUUGUAUCUCUUCUGGCUGCACAGGAAGAACGUGAUCCCAAGGUCCCAGGAUUGUCGUGGGAGACAGAGACGUGCCACAGGCCCCAGUGGGAUUCACGACUCCAGCUGACUCCAGACCAGGAGAGCUACAAGAAGAACGAAGAAGUGAUGUUGAGCUGCCCUGAGGGUUUGCAGCCAUCCUUCACCCACAUCAAGUGUGCAAGGGAAGUCCAGACCAUCAGUCAUGGGAAACCCGUCUACAAAGAAGUUUGGCGUGGAAUGGACAGCAGAGGUUCCUGGAUCCGCAUUCGGUCCAAAGUGGAGUGCAUCGAGGUCCUCCAGGUUGUCCCCGGAACCGUGGAGAUUUCCAGCACCAGCAUCAAACUGAACUGGACAUGCAGGGUCCCCGAUACCUGCCAGCACAUGCGGGCCACAUGCCGCCUGGCAGAGCCUUCCUCCCCUCCCUGUGAAGUUGAGGAGGUGGAGGGAGAGGAGAUGCUACAUGGCCAGGAGGGAACAUUCACUUGUCUCCAUCUGCAUCCCUACACUGUCUACAGUGUCACCAUCUCCCUGCCCCCUGACACCAACUUGUACGCAUGGCUCCUCAGCACAGAUGAAGCAGUGCCAGACAAAGUGGAGGAGCUGUGGCUGGAUUCAAGCACAGGUUCCCUCCGGUGGAAGGGGCUGCCCUCCUGCAAAGGGGAGAUCAUUGGCUACCAGCUGAACAUCACGACAAGGAGCUCACAGAAUGGCAGCUUCCUGGAGAUGGAACGACUUUGGCUGAGCAGCUCUGUCACUGAGCACCCACUGCCUGAGUACAGCCCUGACAGGAGCUACGUGGUGACGAUGCAGGGACUCACUGCUGCUGGAGCUGGGGUUGCAUCACUGUGGAAGUUCCAGACCAACAGCUCGGACACUCCACACCCUCUUGGCAUCAAUUGCCGCAUUGUCCAUGAUGUCUCCCCAUCCCAAGGGACAGCCGUGCUUCCUCUCCAGCCUAUCAUCCGUGACCCCGAAGGAGUGAGGGAGCACCAGCUCAUUGUGGCUGCAACACACAACAGCACCGCAGUGGAAGGCGCCUGCUCGGGGGAGCCACAGUCCUUCAACACCAGUCAGCAGCCCAGUGCCUACCUGGCUGCUGUGCUCAACCUCACCACCCCCACGGGCUUUGUGCUGGGCAAUGGGACCCAUGGGCAGGGCUACCACAAUGCUGCCCUCCAGCCAGGCUGGGACUACACUGCCCUUCUGCGCCUCGUCCACCACUCACAGCAGGCAGAGAAGUUCACCUGCAUCUGUUACAGCUUCUCUCUCGUUACAGGAAAGGCUCCAGCCCCAUGGCACGGAACAGUGAUUGGGGUGGUUUUGCUGUUGGCAAUUCUCCUUGUGUCUGCGGGGAUCCUGUGUUUCGUGCUUUCCAGGAGAAGGAACUCUUUGCCCAUCAAAGCUCAGCAGGAUAAUUAAAAAGGUAAAGGUGUCCAGACUGGAGAUCGAUCACUCAGUCUCCUGCCUAGGACCGCAGGAAAUGUUCAGAGCAGUGAGGAAGCAGAGCAGAUGCGGAGGAUGAACCCAGCUCUGUGCUGAUGGCCCCCCAGCUUUCCUGUGACUGUGGCCAGCUCUGAGGGUCUCAUCCAAUUCAACAGGACAAGAGGAGGCUCAGGAGAGCUGUGAGAUUUUUUCUUUCCUCUCCCACUUCACAUCUGAGCUUCCACUUGCUGCUUUUUUAAGGCCUUUGAAUGUGACUUUCUGUAAAUACUUUUUUUAGAAUUUGCUUUCAUUUUUGCUUUCCUGGAAGCAGGAACUCUAGACCAGAUUUCCCGACCCCUGAAUCACAGAGGCUCAGGCUGAGUGAUAGUCCAUUCUCCUGCUAUGCCCUGGGUUCCAAAUCCCUUUUUCUGCUCUGUCUGCUGAUAUGCAGCCAAAUCCAGGGCUCUGCUGGAACUUGGCCUAACUGGGUUGCCUUCAUGAC